GCGCUUUUCGUUUUCCAAACGUUCUUCUCGACUGGUCACUUGUACAAUACCGUACCCGUACGGUGCAUGCCGGAACACAAAAGCAAACCAGGAACUUUUGUCCCGUGGCACCAAAGACAACCAACGAUCCUAGACCGGGAACGAACACACCGAGAAGGAAACGAAGGAAAGCUGCCGAGCCGACUUUCUCCCGGAAGAAACCACCAACGCCUCCUGCCUAACCAGCUACCGUAGAAUUUUUCGGGUUCCGAAUCCAUCCGACCGAACAAAUCCAUCCAAUUGGAAUCCUCGUCCGCAUCCGCAUCCUCAUCCGCAUCCGAAUCCGACCAUGGUUUCCGGCGGAAGCAGCGUGGCCAGCCACCAGAGCUACUCGAGCGCCAGCACCACCGGGACCGGCCUCCGGUCCGCCUUUCGCGAAAAGGUGGGGAUCAUGCAGGCCUGGAAGCCCGGGAGCGUCCCGUCGAACCGCGACAAGCUCGAGCUCUACGCCUACCACAAGGUGGCCGUCAGCGGGGACGCCCCCCCGUCGAUCCCCUCCUCGGCCAGCGCCGCCGACCGGGCCAAGUACAACGCCUGGCGGAGCAAGAGCGGCAAGACCAGGGAGGAGUCCAUGCGGCUCUAUCUGCAGGAGGCCGACCGCCAGCUGAGGGUCUACGGAUCGGCGGGGGCGCCGAUCCCCCACACCAGCGGCAACGCCAGCGGCAGCCAGAGCGGGGGCACCCCGCCCAACGGGGCCACCCGGACCCCCCAGACCACCCCGGCGGGAAGCAGAGGAGCGGGCAGCGCCCUGCCCUCGUCCCCGACCCCCAGGGGCCUCGCGGCGAUUCCCCUCCUGUGCGCCGCCGCCGCCGAGUCCCGGGAGGCCUACCUGCGGCGGCUCUCGCAGACCUCGGUCGAGACGGCCUGGUGGAUCCGCCAGGAGCCCCUCUGCGCUCCCGUGGGGGACCUCGCGGCCCUCCCGGAGUCGGCCCUCCUGGCGGUGGCCCGCUUCCUGGAGCACGUCACGCUGACGACGCCCUGCCGCAACCUGGUGGCCUCCUUUUGCUGGCCCCUGCACAAGUCCUUCCUGGUGCUCUGGAUGCUCGUCAUUCUGUACGUGACGGUCCUCGGGAGCUCCCGGAACAUUCUGGCGAUCCUGGUGUGGGGGAGCCGCCGGACGGGCCUCUCGCUCCACAGGGAGUGGGGCGAGAUCCUCCCGAUGGCGGCGCAGAGCGUCUCGGUCAUGUGCGAGCCGCACCAGCCGCUGACGGGACGGCUGGUCGGCCUGGUCCUCCUGCCCGGUUCGUCCUCGGUGGGACUCCUGGACAAGACGGGCCUGGCCGACACCAGCCCGGCCCUGGCGGCCCUCUCGAUGGUGGCCUUUCUGGCCGCGACCUGGUGGUACUGGCUGCUGGUGGUCCCGUGGCUCGCGGGCCUGCUGCUGGGGACGGCCUUUUGCAUCGGCUCGUGCUUUGUCCUGAUCGAGGUUGCGGGCGUGUGAGGCGGGCACAACGAAGACAAGACAAGAUGCCACAACAGACAAGACGCCACAACACAACACAACACACACAAGACAAAAACACACACCACACAACACAACACAAAACACACACACCACACCACCGGGUCCGAAAGCAGGCAGCGAGAGUGAGGUGCUGCGCCGGAGCCGUUUUCGGCGACACCCACGACGCAGAAUAGUUUGACGGCUUUGGUUCGUUUUCAAUUAGGGUACUCGUAGUUUAGUGCAUUGCUUAUGUUGCCGUCCUUUUUUCCUUAGCUACGCUAUGCAUAUGCAU